AGUGAUAUCUACAUUGAUUUUAAGUGAAAACUUGACUUAUGAUCAUGUCCUCGCGACGGAACAACUUUGACGGAAAGUAAAAUAUACCAAGCCACCUCGGCGGAAGAGGGCUAACAAAGUUCAAACUGUGGCAAAGAAAUUGUGACUUAAAAAUCCCAUCGUGCAACAAACCACUAAAAUACCAGCAAAAACCGCGAAACCACUGCUCUCGUGAAGCAAAAGUACCAGAAGAAGAAGCAGCAGCAACGCCCCCGACCUGCUUGAGAUGGAUUACAUAAAGGAGUUGGAUAUUCGACUUGAUAAGGAGUACUACUACGCGGGUGAGGUACUCUCGGGAAAGGUGAUGAUGCACACAACCGAGAACUUCAAGCUCAAAUCCAUUCGUCUGCUGCUGCGAGGAAAAGCUCACAUUGAGUGGAAGGUGUUUGUGUCCGGGGAUAAGCGAACGGUAAAGGACGACCAGCUGUACAUCGACGAGCGGGCUGUCAUCUGGGGCGAACGGGCCGGCGAGGGGCUGGACGUUACGGUGCCGGUGCUAAUCCGCGGUCAGCACCAGUUCCCCUUCCGGUUCAACAUUCCGGAAACGAACCUGCCCUGCAGCUUCGAGUCACGUGCCUGCUACAUUCGUUACUUUGUCAAGGUUACGAUUGACAUUCCCUACGCUUCGCCACCACAAGGAAUCAAGUACUUCACCAUCGUGGGACCACACAUCGACUGCAUGGACGAGCAGUAUCUGAAGCCGAUCUCGAGCCAGGAUAAAAAAGUGAGAUGUUGUCUGUGCUGUGCCAAAGGACCUGUCACACUGAGUUGCUCCCUGGACCGGACGGCCUUCUGCUGCGGCGAAACGCUCAAGCUCAAGUACGUCGUGGAUAACCAGGGCGAGGAGACCGUCAAGCUGCGUGUCCGGCUGGUGCAAUUUUGUGAAUUCUUCGUCGAGCGGGGCGUGCUCGGCGUGACGAAAGAGGUCCAACACCUUGUGCUGGAGUCCAAGGGCGAUCCGGUUCCGCCCCGGGACCACCAGGACACCUGCGCCAGCCUACGCAUCCCGACGGUGCCCACGACGUUGAUGGGCGUCAGUCGGCUGGUGCAGAUUUACUACACGCUUACGGCAUACUUGGAAUUUGAGAAAUCCGGAGACGAUUUGCACAUCAACUUCCCCAUCACAAUCGGCACCGUCCCGUUCCGAAUACCGAACAGUAAUCUUCAACCGCGCAUAGGAUAUGAACCCGCCGUCGACCACGUGGAGGGUGGCAUCUACAUCGGGCCGGAAUUCCUGCUGGGCGAGGUGUACGACGGCUGCAACGUCAGCGACAACGAGCACCGCGACCUGGCCCCGCUGUACCGGCCGGUGUACCUGACGGUGGUCCGCAGCUCGCAGCAAAUUUCGGCCCGGGCAGUGGGGCGCAACAAUCGAAAAAAGUCCUCCAUCUGUGACGUGGAAAUUGCAGAAAUUCACCGGAAAUGAAAGGGCCGUGGGGCGGUGGUGGGAGGGGG